AUGGGCUCGAUCUCGCCAAAGGAUGAGACCAUUCUCAUCACUGGGAUUUCAGGCUUCGUGGCUUCUCAUAUUGCCCAUACCUUCCUGGAAGCCGGAUACCGCGUUCGCGGAACCAUCCGAUCUGAGAAGUCCAUUGCUGGCAUAAAACAGGCUCAUGGGAAGUACGCCGAUCAGUUGUCCUUUGUUGUCGUACCCGACAUGGCGGCCACCGAUGCCUUCAACGGGGCAGUCGACGGUGUGACAGGAAUCAUCCAUACGGCGAAUCCCUUCAUUCUGGACCCCAAAGACAAUGAAGAAGAGCUUCUGAAACCCUCGAUCAACGGCGUCUUGAAUGUACUCAAGGCUGGGGCCACCCAAGGACCAACCUUACGCCGUGUCGUUCUGACGGCUUCCUUUGCCUGUAUCCUUGACCUCAGCCAAGGUCUUCGCCCAGAUUAUACGUAUAGCGAGUCGGAUUGGAACCCUGCAACGUUUGAGGAGGCCAAGAACUCAUCCAGCGGUGGUUUCACGUACUGUGCUGCAAAAGGUCUGGCUGAGAGGGCAGCUUGGGAAUGGAUUGAGGAGAACAAACCAUCCUUCUCUUUCACUUCUAUCUGCCCACCAUGGAUUUUCGGCCCUUCACUGGCUGGAAUCAAGUCUCUGGACCACCUCAACGAGUCGACAGAGGCAAUCUGGAAGCUUGUCAAUGGAUCCACCAAAGAUGUUCCUCCGAUUGAUUUUGCGGGCUUUGCAGACGUAAGAGAUGUAUCUCUGGCUCAUCUGCGUGCAUACGAGCUGGAAGAAGCGGGUGGUCAGCGAUUCCUUGUCGGAUCCCACUUCGACUAUCAAACAGCUGUGGACGGUCUCCGCGAUGACUUCCCGCAGAUCCAGGACCGCAUACCACGAGGAACUCCGGGCGCACGAGAGCCAGCGUACCAGGUGAACGGAAGCAAGGCGGAGAAGGUGUUGGGCAUCAAAUACACACCCCUCAAAGUGACCCUUAAAGACACAGUGGAGGAUCUGCUCAACGCGGAAAAGAAGCUAGCAGCCUAA